CCUGCAAUCAACAUUUGCGAGUAACUUUUCCGAAUUGUUUAAGAAAAAAAUGGCACAUUCUUUUAAAGUAAUAAUUUUGUUUUUCCUUUUACUGACGCUGCUUAUUGAUAUCUUCUUGUGCAACAUCGUAAAACGAAAAGCACCCGAUGGAAAGCUUUACGUAUUUUCAAAAAGAGAAGGAUGUGUGUCCGUACAAAGUGCAAGUCCUUGUAGAUUGAAUUGGAAAUUAAAUCUAUACAUCGCCAAAAUUUACCCACAGCAAAAUGCUAUCAUUUCACAAGCAGUAAAUCUCUAUGGUCAACUUGGCAUUUCACUUAAAUGUACAAAUGCUGUGAAAGAAGCCUUAUGCUCACAACUGACACCAAAAUGUUCUGAGAAGGACUACAGUCGAGAUUAUGGUGACGUUACCAGGCUGUGUAACAACAUUUACUCUAGUUGUCCUUCUACUCUCGUAAAUAAUUUAAAGAAAAACAACUUUUGCAAGAAUUUGAAAAAGGGCAGACGCUCAAACGGUCAAUGUGUCGCCAAUACUGCGGCUGUUGCUGGUGCUUGUCCGCAGCCAACGUACAAGAUGACACCGGAGUUCUUUGAAGACUACCAAAAGGCCUCCGUAAAAGUCCAAACAGCUAUAACAAGUAUUCGUAAUGCCCGAUACAGUGAUGGAAGAAGGAUUUUUUCAGAUACUUGUGUUUCACAAAUAACAGAAAUUGAAUGUGUGGCAAUUUACUGUUCUGCCAAUGAAACGGAGCUUUUAGUAAAAUUUGACAAGGAUGACUGCAAUAAGUUAGUUCACACCUGUUUUGAUGAACCAUUCAGAAAAUUGUCGCAAUCAUCUAGCAUUCGAAGAGUUUUGAAUACUUUGAAAAAUCAGCUUCGCUUCUCCUGCAACAAAUACCCAGCAUCUUCGUCCGAACUACGGCCUGAACCCCCAAGAAUUGGUGAAAAGACACCAACUACAACUGGAAACACACCGAAACAACGUGAAAACCUUCCAACAGCAAAUAGAAACAGAAAAAAAGUGGGUAAAAACACACCAAAGGGAAGUGGAAACACUGUGUACGGAAGCAAUGGAAUUCUUUCCCUCAUCUUUUUUGCACUCUUGAAUGAGCUUUUGAUAGCUUGAACUUUAGGCGUGACAAAGUAUUUAAUUUAAUUUGAUGAAUAUGUACACUUUUUUAUAUAAUCACUUUACAUACACUAUACAAUACACUUUUUUAUACAAUCUACAUUUCAUCACAGAACAUCUAGACAGAUGGAUACCUAACCAAUGCGUAAGACUUACCUUCUGCGACUUCUCGUCUCCUCUUAAUAACAUGAACUAAUUAUCACUUUGUUUUUAUUAUUUAUUACUUACAUUAAUAUGUUGGUGUGUUUUAACAACAGGUUUUACCAUUGAAUUCCAGCAUGGGCCAUAUAAAGCCUUAUUUUAUCUUUAAAUAUCGCAUAAUAAUCGCAAAACUUAGACUCCCUAAUUAAAAUUCAAUCAAAAAUUGUUUGUUCAAAUGCUUUCUUCUUUGUAUUGCUAGUGCUAAAAAAUUAAAUUUGUUCAGAUAAUAAAACUUUAAACGGUAAA